CCAUUCUCAAAAUCUUUUCGAAAUCUCACCGCCUUGCAAGUUUGCAUUCUUGUAAAAAGUCGCUCUAAUCACUCUUUCAUAUAACCCUAGUCGCUCUAAUACAAAGGUCAAAUUCCCAUUUUCCGGCUGCCUUUUUUAUUCGUUUGUUGCUUAGCCGAUUCGCCGUGGUGGAGAAAGGGGGUACACAGCCAAUGGAGAACAGCGAUCAAAUGCCGGCCGCUGUGGACAAAAUCGGUACGAAGCGGCAGCGACGGCCUAGCGUCAGGCUGGGCGACAUCGGCGGGAACCAUACCUCUUAUGAGCAUCGAAGAGUUAAGCCGCAGUGGAAGGAUUCGACCAUCAAAGCCGCCUCCAAAUCGCGGCAUUUCACCAACUUUUCAUGUAACGACGCGCAAACCCCAGAUGAUAACAAUUCCGAUGACAACACCAACAAAAAGAUUUCUGAUAAUAUGGACAAGGAUGAGGAUCGGGAUGAUAAUAUAGAUGCUGGUGCAAUAGCGGACUGGAAUGUGAGGGAUUUGAAAUCUAAGAGUGGAGCAACAACUAAGAGAGUGAGGCCCAAUUUUGUUUCAAACGCCAUUGAGGAUGAUAUGUUAAUUUGUGGUGGAAGGGAAGAGACGAAGAAUCUUGAUGAAAUUUGCCCUGAUUCUGGAACGGAUGAUUCAGAGCACACCCUGCCUCAUCUGGUGGAUAGCAAUAAGAAUAACAGCAGUGCUGGAGCGGGUGGUGAUGGUAGACGAAUCGAGAAUACUAGCAGGAGGAUGACUAGGGUUUCAGACGAGGGGCCAAGUGAUAGAGAAGAGCCCCAGAACUGGAACUACUCUUCUGGUACAAAUGCUGUGAACGUAUGGUUGAACCAGUUAGGACUCGGGAGGUAUUCCCCUUUGUUUGAAAUUCAUGAGGUUGACGAUGAUGUUUUGCCAAAGCUGACAUUGGAGGAUCUGAAGGAUAUGGGGAUCAAUGCAGUCGGUCCUCGGAGGAAAAUGUACUGUGCCAUUCAGAAACUGAACAAAGGGUUUUCUUGACUGCUUAGAAGUUUAGACUCCAUAUAGGUGUCAAAUGUACAUAUCAUUUUUUCCAAUGAAAAGUGUACCUGACUGGCACUCCACUUGGUGAACCUGAUCUAAAAAUUCCAAGGAUCAUAUAUGGCUAACCAUUGAUGAAGUUUCUGUUUGUCUUGUUCAAGCGAUCUUCAUUUGCAUUAUCAAGCGAGCAGCAUUCUGGUUCUGUGAUACAAUUAAUUUUGCCUCAUCAUAAUCUUGACUUCAUGUCAUCCUCAAGGACCCUGCAUAUAGUUCAGGAUAUGGGUUAUGCUUUAUGUUUUACCCCUUGCAGUCAAAAGCGCAUCAGGCACAAAGGUCCUUAUAUGCUCAUGUUACAUUGCUUUGUAACCUUUCAUCUAAGCAACACAUUUGGAUGUUUGUUUCAAUUAUACUUAUCUUUUUGAUGAAUCAGCUUUAUAUCUUUAUCCUGUUUUUAUUUUGAUGGCAACUAGAGAAAUGAAAUGACAAAUGUGUACGUCAGUCCACUCUAUGCUGAGACAUACUCUUUAUAGCGAUGUUCCCUUUAUACAAUUAAUGAGUUCAGCCGGCAGGUGUAGCUCAAGUAGUUAAUAAUGAGUGAUGAAAUUGUAAAGCCAAGUUCAAUUCUUAGUUGAUAAGGAAUGGCAAAAUUGUAAAGCCAAGUUCAAUUCUUAGUUGAUAAGGAAUGACAAAAUUGUAUUGCCAUGUUCAGCCGUUUUUAAUUGGAUUGGAGUUCAAUUCUUAGUUGAUAAGGAAUGACAAAAUUGUAAUGCCAUGUUCAGCCGUUUUUAAUUGGAUUGGAAUUUUUUGGUCA